AGGAUGGUAGAUUUCCAUCGAUCCUUGUCGGAGCGGGGCCGAUGUCACGAGCCGAGCCUUGGGACAGUUUUUCAUUGAGGAAGAAAAAACGCAGAAAACAUGGGCGACUCGAGUCACUGACCCGUACAUAAUUCCAAAGGUUCUUCUCCUUUAUCAAACUUCCCCACAGCUUCAAGCACUUGCGGCCGACAAAGCCUGUCCACCACGCCCUCAACCCAGCAAGGAUCACCUGUGCAGCCCUUGAACAAGCAUAUAAUAGUACCGAUUGGCGGCUGACAUCGGGAGGCAGGCAGUUCUUCGACGAGUCAAGCCAUCUAUUCUCGAUAGUCUAUCCCGAACAUUCAUUAUUGAUUGAGAAGUCCUAAAAUCAAGCAAGUCUGCGAUGACCAAUAACAACCAUUCACAAGCCGGAGCGAGUCCACUGGAUGGCGAAUUCUUCUUGACCGAAUUGGCCGAACAGCCGGGCUCCAAGAUCGUGUACCAUCUGGGUAAAGUGGAAGCUAAUUCCCGACAAAAUCCAAGCCAAGGGCAAGCUGACGGAUCGAAUCCGUCGAGCGACCGUCAUCAGAUGAACCAGGCAAUCAAAAGCAUAAUCACUGAGGCUUGUCGACGCGGCGCUAAUGGAAUCGUUUCGCUUCGAGUUGAGCAACUCUUCGGCGGGCUAUGCAUGGCUUCUGGCGAAGCGGUUCUGCUAACCCAAUGUUAAAAUCACCUCUGGCCCCACCCUCUUCGCUUCAAGUUGAACUCGAGCAGAGGGCCCUCCAUUCCAUGACUCGUAUCCAAAUAUCGAGAGUGCAAUCAUAAUCUCGUUCAAACGAAACUACCAGAACACCUUUGGACGAAUUGAACUGCACAAAAAAUACCAAAAAAAAUAAUACUUGAAGCGUCACUAAAAACUUAUUAAACAUCAUCAUUCCGGCACUCAAUGUAUUUAUUAAAUCCAUGCAAAUUUCCCAGCUUCCUAUCCGGGCUUCGUUGGUACUUGCAGAUCUCUUCACGUGCGAUUUUUAGCCAGUCUUGAAAUCAAUUUCUUUUCCUCAUUUGCUGCUCAAGCUGUUUAUUGUAACUGUACACUACUUUGCUUGCCUUCAAACACUUUUUUGUUUUAAAUGAUACCACCAACAACCCUAUUCUUUCAGCAAUGUUUCUCUGGUUUCAUAUGGCCAAGAUGAAUGGCAUGUACAUUUAGUGCUUGAAUUUUCAACUUGGUCCAGGGGAUUACAUAGCUGAAAAAAAUGAAAAAAUAAGGAUAAUGAAAACUGAUUAAUUUGGAUGCAAAAAA